AUGUUUCCUCGAAAAUCGAAAGACGACAAGCUUCCCAGUUUCUGUCCCGAAAGCAUAAGGGACUUAAUUCUAACUCCGCCGAGACUCAAUGAGUCAACUAUCGCGGGGAUCGAUGAGAAUGAAAAUACUCGAAUUCCUGGCAUACUUACUGCUACAACUGGGAUGGGUCGAAAGUCGGGUUGCAAAGUCAAUUUUCCGACUGACAGGCCAAUCGCAACAGUUCAAGAAUCGUCCCGCUACGAAGAACACAAAUCGAGUGUUCAGACAGUCAAUGAGCCCGACACAACUUGGAAAAAAGAAAGUGCGCGUCGCGACCAACGAAAAACGAACAAAUGCCCGUCGCGAAACGAAAACAACGAACUUCGAAUAACAGGGAUGCUUGACAUCAGUGCAGUUCAAUUGCAUAACUUUCUUGCCGCCGCAACGCAUUCAAUUGACGAACCGGAACUUGUUGUCCGAACUUAUCGAUCUUACGAGGUCGUGAACGCGGCGCAGCACCUGAGAGGCGCCAUUGAAGCAACCACCCGGGUUCCAAUUUUGGAAUCUGGUGAGUUGGAUUACACCGAAUCAAUUUCAAGGCUUGACGACCGCCGACAAGUAGAGUCACGAGUCGAAGAAAUGAAAAUCAACAAGUUUUAA